GCAAAGUCAUGCCUUGUUACGCAUGUAUGAUGAUUUUUUUUUGUAUGUGAGAAGGUCAUAAUAAAUCGUUCAGACUAUUGCUGAUUUAUUCGGCUUUUGCACUGCAGUACUAGACACAACGAUGACCAGGUGCCAGGUGAAGAGUACCCACGUGCUGCUGUGCGUCGUCCUAGUGGUCACCCAAUGGGCCCGAGUCACCGGUGAACCCCAGCUCACCUAUUAUGAGUCCGACACCCUCAUUUCCCCCCGAAAGAACACCCUUUUCUGCGAACGCAACACCGAGUGUUUACCCCUAUCGCAAUGUCCGAUGCUCAACAAUAUUUUAUCCAACGAAUGUGUGAACACAGAAAGAAUCUCGAAUCUUGGCUGCGGUUACCACAGCGGCGAAAGAUACGUCUGUUGCCCCCUUGUUGUGGAUCCGCUGAACAACAUCAACUCCGGGAAGAUGGUCGAUGGGCAAAGGUGCGGGAUAUCGCAGAUCCAAGGGGACAACUACGACGGGAUCGGGGCGUACCCCUGGGUGGUGAGAAUAGGGUUCAGAAAUGUGAGGACUGGAGAGGUUAAGUACCCUUGCACAGGAUCCAUUAUUAGUAGCAGAGUUAUUUUGACAGCGGCUCAUUGUGCUUUGGCCAAAGCAGAAAACUACAAACUCUACUCGGUCCGAGUUGGCGAAUGGAACACCAACGCCGACAUCGACUGCGGCGAGGAAUUCUGCGGCCUCCCCGUCCAGGACAUCCUCCCCAGCCACGUCAUCGUCCACCCCAACUACGACAAACAAUCCUACAGCAACAACAUCGCCCUCCUCGUCCUCAGAAGCAAAAUCAACUACUCCGUGACCGCCCAGCCGAUUUGUCUACCGGAAACAUGGUCGGUCACCAACAGAAAUGGUAUUUUGGUGGGCUGGGGCCGCAACGCCAAACAAAGCAGCGCCUCGAACCUGCAACAGACCCUGUUUCUGCCCAUCACGGACCUGAGCGUGUGCCACAGGGUGUACGGGAACACGCUGCCCAUCACCGAGGACCAUCUGUGCGCGGGAGGGGAGGCGGAGAACGACGCGUGUAGCGGGUUUGGAGGGGCGCCGUUGACGGUGCGACAUGGGGAGACAUAUUAUCAGGUGGGGAUUUUGUCGUUUGGGUCCGACCGGUGUGGAGCGACUGGGGUUCCUAGUGUGUACACGAAUGUGAAGAAGUACAUCUCGUGGAUCCGAGAAAAUAUCCCCCAGAUUUACAGUAAUGAGAAUUAAAUGUGGCAAUGAAGUGUAAAGUUAGGUUAGAGUAGUUAGUAGGGCGUGGUGGGGGUGCAACCAAUCACUUCUCGGUCUUAAUCUUUCAAAAAAAGAGCUCUAAAUUUGGUUGGUUGAGCAGCCCACGUUUGUCCUAGUUCAAGCUUUAGAAACAUGUGAUGACUUUUAAUAAAAUGUCUUUUUAAUUUU